AUGUCUUCCUCUCUCGAACAGCUCAAGGCCACCGGCACUACUGUUGUGUCCGACUCUGGUGAUUUUGUCUCCAUUGGCAAAUACAAGCCUCAGGAUGCCACCACCAACCCUUCUCUCAUUCUCGCUGCCUCCAAGAAGGCCGAGUACGCCAAGUUGAUCGAUGUCGCCGUCGACUAUGCUAAGCAGAAGGGUGGCCCUAUCGACCAACAGGUCGAUGAUGCUCUCGACCGCCUUCUUGUCGAGUUUGGCAAGGAGAUCCUCAAGAUCAUUCCCGGCAAGGUCUCAACUGAGGUCGAUGCCCUAUACUCUUUCGACACCAAGGCUUCCGUCAACAAGGCCCUUCACCUCAUUGAGCUUUACGGUGAACAGGGCAUUUCCAAGGAUCGCAUCCUGAUCAAGAUCGCCGCCACCUGGGAGGGCAUCAAGGCUGCUGAGAUUCUCCAGCGCGACCACGGCAUCAACACCAACCUCACCCUCAUGUUCUCUCUCGUCCAAGCUAUUGGUGCCGCCGAGGCCGGCGCCUACCUCAUCUCUCCCUUCGUCGGCCGAAUUCUUGACUGGUUCAAGGCUUCUACCAAGAAGGAAUACUCUAAGGAGGAGGACCCUGGUGUUCAGUCCGUCAAGACCAUCUUCAACUACUACAAGAAGUACGGUUACAACACCAUCGUCAUGGGCGCAUCUUUCCGAAACACUGGCGAAAUCACUGAGCUUGCCGGUUGCGACUACUUGACCAUCUCUCCUAACCUGCUCGAGGACCUCCUAAACUCGAAUGAGCCUGUUCCCAAGAAGCUUGAUGCUUCCCAGGCUUCUUCCCUAGACAUCGAGAAGAAGUCCUACAUCAAUGAUGAGGCUAUCUUCCGCUUUGACUUCAACGAGGACCAGAUGGCCGUUGAGAAGCUCCGAGAGGGUAUCAGCAAGUUCGCUGCUGAUGCUGUCACUCUCAAGGGCAUCCUCAAGGAGAAGCUCGCCUAA